AUGAAGACGUCUGUUGUAUUAUUCGCUGUGCUUGUUUUCAACGUUCAAGCAUUAAAACUGAAUUUUACUUCAGAAUAUGAGCCAAAGUUGACACAAAUCGGAAGGGAAUGCGCAGAGACUAGAAAUGUAGAUUUCAAACACUUGCCGAGACUUUUUCAUAUCGACAAUUAUCCAACCCACGAAGAGUUAAACUGUACAAUGUUAUGUAUGAUCAAGAAAUUCAAUGCUUUGGAUGAUGACAAUCGCUACAGAAUUGAGAUUCUUAAGAAUUUCUUCAGCGAUCCGAUUCUUCAGGAUAGCGCCGAAAAAGCGGUCAAGCGAUGUUUGCCCGAAGAUCAGAAAAUUAACUCAUGCAAGGAUGCAUACGAUUUAUACCAAUGUUUUCUAAACAAAACUCCUCAUCAUUUCGUCUACUUGGUUACAUUAGAGAUCUUCGGUAAACGAUUAACUAGGUCUCAAGAAGCUGUAGUUAAAAACACCAAUGCUGGACCACCAAACAGACACCAGAUACUUCUUUAG